AUGGUUGAUUCGGUUGAAACUCCGGCAGCGCAAGGGUAUUUGGGAAGUCAAACGGUGCUCCUAAAUGCCACGGCCGCACACUUUGGGUUCAGGCCGACGUAUAGGAGGGUCUGGCUGGCGAAGCAGAAGGAUGUUGCCGUCAUCUAUGGUGACUGGGAUGAGUCAUACAACGAGCUCCCUAGGUGGGUGUUAGGAGUCCAGUUGACCAUGCCUGGUACUGUAGCAGUCCUUAGGACUAGCCCUGUUCGAGUUGGGGGACAGCUGGACGAGUCUCAAGCUUAUUUUCAUAGGCUGUUCUGGACGUUCCCACCUUGUAUCGAGGCAUUCCGUCAUUGCAAGCCGUUGGUGAGUAUUGACGGAACCCAUCUAUAUGGCAAGUAUGGGGGAACAUUGCUUGUCGCGAUUGCACAGGACGGGAACUCCAACAUACUCCCUGUGGCAUUUGCACUAGUCGAGGGUGAGAAUGCUGAGUCGUGGUCCUUCUUUUUCUCCCACCUCUGUCAGCACGUGACACCGCAGCCAGGUCUGCUAGUUAUUUCGGACAGGCAUAAUGGCAUCAAGGCCGUGCUUGAGGCUCCUGAUGGGGGAUGGCUACCUCCGGCUGCAUACCGGGCAUUCUGCAUUCGACACGUAGCAGCAAAUUUCGCCCUCACCUUCAAGGGCAAAGACGCUCGGAGGCUUCUUGUGAACGGCGCAUAUGCCAAGACCGAAGUGGGGUUCGAUUACUGGUUUGACAUUCUGCGCUCUGAGAAUCCGGCGAUGUGUGACUGGGCGAACCGGAUUGAGUAUUCGUUGUGGACACAGUAUUGUGAUGAGGGGCGCAGAUUCGGGCACAUGACGACUAAUAUCUCUGAGUGUGUGAACUCAAUCCUGAAGGGGGUCAGGAACCUCCCUGUGUGCUCGCUGGUGAAGGCCACAUAUGGAAGGUUGGCUAAACUAUUUGUCCGCAAGGGGAGGGAGGCCGAGGCCCAGCUGGGUACCGGACAACAAUUCAGUCAACACCUGGUCAAGUGUAUCGAGGCCAAUCUGAAGACGGCUAGGUGCUUCACCGUGACUGUAUAUGACAGGGAUAACUCGGAGUACACCGUGGCAGAGACGACUCCGACUGGUUCGUUCUCACUGGGUAGCUACAGGGUCUCACUAGGUUCUCAGACAUGUGAUUGUGGAUACUUCCAGGCACUUCAUUUCCCGUGUUCGCACGCAUUGGCAUGCUGUGCCUACUCACGGGUUACUUGGCAGCCAUACGUCCACCAGGUGUAUCGCCUUAGUUCGGUUUUCAGUGUGUAUCGGAUGGGAUUCACACAUCCCAUUCCGGAGGGUUUCUGGCCACCAUAUGAUGGGCCAACCGUUAUACCGGACCCAAACAAGAGGCGUGCGAGGGAGGGUCAUCCGAGGUCCACCCGGAUACGGACCAAUAUGGAUGAGGCAGAUCCGAACCGGCCCAAGAGAUGUGGCCUCUGUAGGCAACCCGGACACACUCGUCGGAGUUGUCCACAGGCCGGAGGACCCAGCCAUACAUGGUGA